GGCCACAAUUACAUCGCUGGCCAGCUCCUUUUUGGUUGGGAUAACGACCAGCACUGUCCACGCCAGUCGCUGAGUUUACUGCUACAGUGUUCUAGCAUUGCAACAGCAAAAAAAACAUGGGAAUCAAAUCCAUCCUCCUCCCCGCGAUCGUCAUAUUUUUAGGUCGGUCCCCAGUACACCAACACAUCCCCCCCAAAGCUAACUCUCCCAAGGCUACCUCCUCCAGGGCCAUGUAAUCCCAUACGCCCACCGCAGCUACCACCUCAUGGGCUUGGCCCGCACGCACUCCCAGCUGCCCCCGGAGGGCAUCUGUGCAGUAGCACACCGGGACAAAUUCCUGGGUUGUGAGGACAUGCACAUCUACAAGAAGGAAAAGGGCACGACCUACAUAUUUGCCGCAUGUCUAGCAGUGUACGAUAAUCGGCCGCGUUCAUUGUCCGAGUCACGCGCUAUCGAUAAGGAGAACAGGCCCGUGCCGAUGUUAGCGGGGGAUAAGAUCUGGAGGUGGAGGUUGGAGACGGACGAGGUUGUUGAGUUGGAGUUACCGGGGUUCCCAGAGGGGGCCGAUGAGAGGGCUUGGCAUGGUUUGAUUACCGUUCUCUCUAGCAAGGGUGGAGCGGUUUGGUUAAAGUUGAUUCAGGAUUUGAUUUCAUCGAAAGCACCGACGGCACACUCUCCUUCUACAUCAUCAACCACAGGAUCUCUGGUGGGACGAUCGAAAAGUUCACGCACAAACCCGACGCCAAAAACCACAUCCUUACCCACUCAGCUACCUUCCCGCUCCCGGAUAAUGGCAUCGGAAAGCACCCCAAUGACGUCUAUGCCUACCCGGAUCCCAGCGGGAAGGACAUCUUCUACGUGACCUCGGACCACAAACAUGCCACGGGAAUAAUGCGCACGGUAGAGGACUACACCCGAAGACCCUGGAGCCACCUAGCUUACUACUCCUCCGAGACCGGCUGGAAAAUCGCCAAGUCGGGUAUUGCAGGUGCGAAUGGUCUUGCCGGUACAAAACCCACCGACGGAGGCCCGGCAAGAAUUUAUCUAUCGGAGUUACUUGGCGGGAACAUAAUUAUCCUCGAACACCGGCCCGGAGCUGCCGGUGAAGUCCGCGAAAUUCAGACCGUGCCACUCGGCUUUAUACCAGAUAACCCGGCAUUAUCUUCCGAUGGGAAGGACCUAUACAUCGCCGGACACGUAACCCCACUGCGAACCUACCAACACCUUUAUGACCCGGAAAGCGUCAGCACCGGGAGCGCUGUUGCCCGGAUCGCGCUAAGUCAGACCGGCAGCGACUUUUUCGGUGGGAGGGAUGAGUAUACCAGCAUUCCCGUUGUUGAGGAAAUAUUUGUGGACCUGGAGGGCAAGUUGAUUAACGGCAGCUCUACUUCUGUAUUUUGGGAUAAGCUCCCGCCGGUGGGAGCCACCGAGGAGGAGGAGGCGGUAGAAGGGGGGGAUGUAGUUGUGGGCGAUUUGUUCGUCACUGGAUUGACAGGGAAAGGUAUGUUAUCUAUAGCAAGCACCGCUUUUUUUUUUGCACUUGCGCCGGUGUGCCCGUGCUAUUGAUAACCAAUUUGGCUCUAGGUAUCUUGAGGUGCAGAGAAUUCAAGUAUGACGCUAGUGACGAUCCAACCGCGAAGGAGGAGCAACACGAAGAUGUCGUGGAAAAAGGCGAUCACGAGGGAGAGGAAGAGGAAUAAUUAGAAACUUAUCUGUGCUUGGAUAUUGUCAAACAUUUCUGCCAAUCGAACCUUAGUCCCUGUUUGCAAGU